GACACAGAAGGACUACUUGUUGCAGCUCAAGACCAGGCAAUAAACACCAGAAACUACCAGAAAGUUAUUCUGUGGCCAGCAAGUUGAGAGCAAAUGCAGAAUGUGUUUGCAAUAUGAAGAGACAGUGGACCAUACUAUAUUUGGAUGUGAGGUAUUACCUAAAACAGAGUACAUCUCUAGGCACAAUAAUGCUGCUGCAUAUCUCCAUUGAAGCAUCUGUAAAGAUCAUGAUGUCGAAAUUACAAACAAAUGGUACCAACAUGAGCCAGAGACUGUUAUGCACAAUAAAGACAACAACAUCACCAUCAUAUGAACAUACUGGUCAAUACUGA